AUUCCAAUAGAGGUUUUUGAAAUUUCACUAGAACAUCAGUCGACUGGGCGGAUGAUCGGGCGGAUGCUCGGCCAGUUGAUCGGUCAAUGUAAAUUUUGCACAAAUUUUUUGCCUAGAGGUGGGGGACGAUUGGGCGAAUGUUUGGCUGAUUGAUUGGUCAGUGUAAAUUUUUUAUAAAUUUUUGUUUUGAGAUGGUCAUUUGGGGAACAUUUGAUGAUAAAAAUUUAACGGUUAUAAAUAGUGAUUUGAUAAAAGAUACAUUUAUUUUUAAUCUGAUUAAAGAUUUGAAAAAUUCUGAAAUUGAUGAAAGAUUUAGUAAAUUUUUGAAACAGUGAAAUGUAUAUUUUUUUUAUUAAAUUUAAAUUUAAUAAAACAUUAGAGAUUUAAAUAUUGAUGGUUGUGGGCAAUCAUGUUGAAUGAGUGUUGUUGACAGUGCAGGAUUAAAAUAUUAUUUCUUCUUCUGUCCUAGUGAGCAACCGAUUAUUUCUCAUCACUGAUGGCAAUACGUUUGGCAAGUGGGUUAUUUUUUAAGUUACAAUUUAGGGACAUUUACUGAUAAAUCUUAUCCUACAAACAGUUUUAUCAAUUGGUCCCAUUUUUAUUCUAUUGUUCUCAUUAGUCCUAUCAGUGAGGAAAUAUAUUCAUUUUUUAUCCUAUUCAUUUGUUUUUAUUCAUUUAGUGGGACAAUUAUACCCUUCCUUUCACGCAGCCUUUCCUUUCACGUAUUACCCAUUUUCUAGGGAUUAAUUGCACAAAUUUUGGUAUUUCGUAUAUUUCUAUUGGUAAGACAUUCGGAGUGUUAUGUUAGGGUUUUGGGAGAGGCGUGAGAGGUUGUGUGUUUGUUUUCUUAGUGUGACACACGGACGGCUCUGCAGAAGUUUGUCGUCGGUAAUGCUGAGUUGCCAAGGUAUGUUUGUGUGUUUCUGUUGUUGCGCGUUUGUGUGGUUGAUGAUUUUUUGUUUUCUUUUGUAAUGGCGAUGUUGUUAUAAUGUAAAACACGAGUAACCAUAACCAAGUUUCAGAAAUAUCCAUUGGGCAAAAUGGAAUUGUGGUCUUCGGUUUGGUGUCUGUAUCUUGGUAUGUGGUUUGGUCUGUGUCUGUUAAUCAUUUUGCUUUGUAAUCAAUGUGACGAACUGCUAUGUGUCACUAUAUUUUUCUGUCAAUAUGUUCUCUACUUACACUACUGUGGUUGGUGAUUUCUUGUAUUGUUUUGUAAUGGCGAUGUUAUAAUGUAAAACACGGGUAACCAUGACCAAGUUUCCGACGCCACAAUGUCACGUUAAGCACAUUCCAAUUCCAUGGGUAUAAGCGAAUUCGCAUUUUCAGUUAUGUAGGUCGGUAUUGGCGGUAAUCGUAGAUUUUCGGCAUGACGUAGUUAUCUUUUCAUAGGUAUGGACACGCAUAUUUUGUUGGUGUGUUGUUAUUGCAACAUGAAUGCUGCGAUCAAGUUGUAUUUCCCGUAUCGAUUUGACGAUCUUCUGAAUUGUGUGUGCGGGAAAUUUGAUGGUUUAAUAGAUGCUAAUGUGUCCAUGUUUUUCAAGAUGUCGGGAUACAAUAACUUUACAUUACAAAAUGACAUCGAUAUAGACAACAUGGUUUGCCUUGCAUGGUCUUUCCAAUUAGACCACAUUGAUGUCAUCAUUCAAUCUCGGAUAACGCAAGGUGCCGACGACAUUGGUGACGCAACUCCAAUCCCACUAGCCGAUACGUGUAACUUACAUGUGCUUGCAGAUGAGUCAGACAUUGAUGAUGACCAACAAGAUUUGCUUCCCAAAUUUUGUCCCCAUGCUGAUAAGGUUUUCCUAUCUGCCCAAUGGGUUCAUGGUAUGACACACAUCGAACAAAGUUUCGAGGGGGGAGCCAAUGAAUUUCGUUCUGUCCUUCGCAAAUAUGCGGUUGAGUGUGGAUUUCACUUUAAAUUUUUGAAGAAUGACUCUGUAUGGAUCACAGCGGUUUGCAUGAUGAGGGAAUCGAAAAACUGCAUGUGGUCUAUACAUGCACGAGUAUUACGUGCUGAUGAGUUUUUCUACAUUCGCAAGUGGAAUAGGGAGCACAGUUGCGGUAUUGCCGUCUGGACAGCAAAAAACCUAAGGGCUGGGUCUGAAUUAGUGUGUGAUGUUAUAUCCGAACAGGUACGUGACAGAUCGCUCACACGUUCGACCGAUGUGGUGUACAACCUGAAGAAAGAUUAUGGAUUAGAAAUUAGCUACCGGGUCACAUGGUUGGGCGUUAAGAAAGCGCGUGGCGAAAUGUUUGGUGCACAUUCCAUUUCAUUCGAUCAGUUGCGGUGGUAUAGUAAUGUCGUUAUGGUCAAUAAUCCAGGCAGCUACAUAAACAUUGACUAUGAUGAACAAAAUCACCGGUUUGAACGGUUUUUCAUAUCAUUUAAAGCAUGUAUUGAUGGGUUCAACCAUUGUCGCCUUUUAUUAUUUUUGGAUGGUCCUUUUUUGAAGGGUAAAUUUAAGGGCAACUUGCUAGCUGCCAGCGUGAAGGAUGGCAACCAAGGUUUAUUUCCAUUGGCAAUAGCAAUUGUGGAUUCUGAAAACGUUGCAAACUGGUUCUGGUUCUUGCAACACCUUGCCAACGUUGUUAGCAAUGACAGGACACUUACAUUCUUGCCUGACCGUCACACAGGCCUCAUCAACUCAAUACCCAAAAUAUUCCCGUCAGCACACCACGCGUUUUGCUUACAACAUUUGCAACGGAAUCUGCAGGACAAGAUGAGGUACGUCAACAGUUCGUACCGAGCGGGAUUGCUAAAUAAAUUCCGGGCAUGUGCAUAUACACCUACUGUAACAGGAUUCAAUGCUAGCAUCGAGACAUUCAUCAAGUCUGGGAGGAAUGUGGCAACAUCUUUUCUGAAAGAUAUACCCCCACAGUAUUGGGCAAAUGCUUAUUUCAUGGGUGCACGUUACAGCGAGAUGUGUUCUAAUGCUGCUGAGUCAUUCAACUCAUGGAUCCUCGAAGCACGACAUCUUCCCAUCACCCAAAUGGUUGAUAGUAUUUGGACAAAAAUCAUGAACCAAAUGCCGAAGCGCAGACGCAAGUCAGCAGCAUGGCCUGGAGUUCUAUGUCCCAAGAUGGAGGCUCGUUUGGUGAAAGCAUAUAACAAAGGAAGGGUAUGGAUUGUAAGCCAAUCAAAUGAUAAUGUGUACGAGGUCCAUUCGUAUCCAUCAGUGUUGGUUGAUGUUGACAGGCGUACGUGCUCGUGUUUUCAGUGGCAAAUUAAUCAGUUACCAUGUACACACGCAAUGGUUGCAAUACGUAACAGUGGUAGAGAUUUAUAUGACUUGGUUGAGUCAUUUUACCAUGCAUCAACAUACCGACUGUCAUACGCUUCAAGCAUAACCGCUAUUCCUACUGUUGAAAAACCAUCAUUCCAGCUGGACGACUUUGCCAUACAUCCACCCGUUAUAAAACGACCGCCAGGGAGGCCAAAGAAAAAACGUAUGCUUUCUAGGGGGGAAGAAGUGCAGUUAAUUCGUUGCGGACGUUGUCAACGCAUGGGGAACCACAACAAGAAGACAUGCAAAUAACCAAUUUAGCAUACCGAACAUUGACGCAUCUUUUAAGUUUUGGAAGUUAUAAACACUUAUCGUAGUCUAAACUUUUGCACCAUUAAUAAUGUUGUGCCACCUCCACAACACCUACCACAUGGUUAUGUGUUUGUUUUUCCCAUUUACAUGUUUGAUUUUUAUGAACAUUUGCAAAUAAAGGUAUGUCACACAUACCUACCUGUCCUCUACUUUACGAACAUUUUUCAACUCCUGUGUGCAUCACACAGCCUUCUUGUCCUGUCACUCGCAAUAAUGUCUUGUUCUACAUUACAAUCAUU